UAAACUGAUGUUAGUUGUCGGUCACCUUGCACCUUAGUAUCAUUUCUUAGAUGAAUUACGGGUUCCGAAUAAUUCUUACAGUUUUCUGCUAUCCAUUUGGACCACAUUCAUUUUAACACUAUACCUAAUUAUAUUUCUAAUAUGUUCACCACCCAAAAUGUUUGUGAUUUUUUUACAAAAGUUUAGUAUUUAUUUUCAGGAUGAAUUGCCCGAAGAAGAAAAAUCCGUGUCGGAGGAGUUUUGCCUCCCAUAUUUACAAGCCAUUAUGUUCGCCUGUGUGCUAGAAGAUGCCGUUACACAAUUGCGUAUACUUGGCGAAUGCAACAAUGAGCUACGCAUCACGAAGACAAUGGCAGACAUAUCUCUCCUUCGCGCGAAGAAGUUUCAGAUCAAAGAGCCGCGGGUCAAAGAAGAUAUGACCGGGAUUAACAUGAAGGACUUGGGUUGCACGCAGUAUAAACUAGACAAAUUAGUAGCUGACAGGGUCUACUUCACCGACGUGUUGAUGGAAACUUAUCUGGAGUUGGCUCUGGACAGGUGCUUCCACUCCCUCACUCAAAACAACAAGGAAAUAGUAGAUGCAGAGAUCUACCGGAACAAUCUUAUAGAAGAGGAAGCUAAGAAUAGAAACACCCGUCGUGACCUGAUGAAACAGCUGAGACAACAACGGAAUCACAUCAAGACUGUCGCGUACGACACCGAUCUGUCCAUAGACCAACUUAAAAGUAGAGUCGAGGAUGCAGCAUUGAACACAGAAAUCAGGGGGCGGUAUAUAACCAACUGGGAGCGUGCGCGCUCUGAACAGCACACGCAAACGAUACACGACAAGGAAGCAGGGCCGUCGAAAUCUAUCUGUUAUUACCGAAACAGGGCCGACCAGGAACACAGGAUACAUACGGAAGUCGAGCUGCUGGUCAACAUAUUUAUCAAUGACACCUUGAGAAAAGUAGAGAACUGGAUGAAUAAAUACGACGAUGAUAUGGAGGCCAUAGACCUCAAGAUCGCUAUUAUGAAGAAUAAGUACCAAGAUAGAGUCGAUACGAGAAUCUCGAUGGAAGAGACGUACGCAAAACAUAAGGAGUUGAUGAAGAACUGGAAUCAGUUCAAAGUUGAUCGCGAAAAAGCUCGAGCUUACAAAGAGAAGAUGAAGAAUUCUGCGAUAGUGGUGCAAGCCUGGUGGCGUGGUCUCCUGGUGCGGUUGGAGCUUGGACCCUAUAAGCCGAAGAAGAAGCCCACUUUCCCGCCGAAAAAGAAGAAAUGAUGAUGAUAACCUAAGUUUAGCAUCUGUAUUGCAGUGGCGAUUGUCCUCGGAUUGUCUGUCAUAUUUUAAUUUUUGGAAUUUCCGUACUUUCCUAAAUACUUAAUUUUAUUGUAAUUUAUUUAUUUGUUUAAAGAUAUAUCUUUAGUUUUUUAAUGUUUUA